GCUGCUGCCUGCGCACCGCCGGGGAGAGGCCACCUGAACCGCUUCAGCAUUUCCUUCUGGGAUUUCCCGCGGGGAGUGAUGAACUCCAUCGACCCUCAGUCCCAUCACCAGCACCACCACCACACCUCCCCUACCGUCGGCUCUCUCCCACCCAAAGGCGCCCAGGAGGCCCCGGACAUGGCCGCUGUGUACUGCGACAACUUCAGCAGCAUGUACCACCAGCAGAGCCUGCAGGGCGCACAGAGACCCGCCGGGUACGGCCUCGGAGAUUACGCAUCGUCUCCAAACCCGUACCUGUGGCUCAACGGGCCGGGCGUCAACUCCUCCGCGUCCUACCUGCACGGCAACAACCCCGCGUCCUUCAUCCCGCCCUCCUACGGCUCGCAGCGGCAGUUUAUAACAAACUCACCUGGUUUCGGAGGGCCCGACCUGGGCUGGCUGUCCAUCGCCAGCCAGGAGGAGCUGCUGAAGCUGGUGCGGCCGCCCUACUCCUACUCCGCGCUCAUAGCCAUGGCCAUCCAGAACGCGCACGAGAAGAAGCUGACCCUGAGCCAGAUCUACCAGUAUGUCGCAGACAAUUUCCCAUUUUAUAAGAAGAGCAAAGCCGGCUGGCAGAACUCGAUCCGGCACAACCUGUCUCUGAAUGACUGCUUCAAGAAAGUACCGAGGGACGAGGACGAUCCAGGAAAAGGAAAUUACUGGACGUUGGACCCAAAUUGUGAAAAGAUGUUCGACAACGGAAAUUUCCGCAGAAAACGGAAAAGACGUUCAGAUCCGAGCAGUGCGGGAGGGGUGACGGCGGCGGCGGCAGCAGGGGCCACAAAAGUCGAGGACGGCAGGCCCGCAGCGGUGGCGGCCUCGCUGAAGCCUUCAGACAGCCCUCAGCUCCUGGGGCCACCCUCGCCGGACAUGGAGGCGAUGAACGAGAACCACAAGAGCUCGUCGUCGUCCUCGCCGCCCGGACUGGCCUCGGCCGCUCCUUGUUUUAAUAACUUUUACAGCAGCAUGUCCACACUCAGCUCGGGGGCCCCCAGCCGGCAGGGGUCCCUCGGACUGGUGAACGAGCUGUCGAACAGGAACAUUACGGCCCUGAGCCCGUACCACCUCAACCACGGCGGGCAGGACCCGGGGGCAUCGGAGCACGGCGAGGGCUUGCAUUUCAACCGUGGAGUGUACUACAACACGUUUGGCAGCGGGCAGAGCGGACAGUUCAACAGUCACUUCUACAACAGCUUCAGCGUCAACAGCCUGAUUUACCCCCGAGAAGGGACAGAGCUAUAGGAGUCCAUCUAACACGGCUCCAGUGACUUGCUGCUCGGUGAACACACACGCAAACGUACAUGAUUUUGAGCAGGGAGGUCAGAGUGCAGGCUGGGUAGUGGCGUCUCUGCAUCAUCAACACGGCGCUCCCUUCGCUGAUCAGCUCACGGAGAGAUUAGAGAGUAUUUUAGGUGAUUUAAAGCACAAACUGUGGAAACACCAGCCGGAGAGUCCAACAAAAAAAAUGAGCACUUGUCUUUUUUUACUUUUUU